GAUGCACAAGUUACAUUCUUCUAAACAGUGCUUCAAACCCCCUCCACCCCCAAAAAAAAAAAAAAAAAAAAAAAAAAACCUAAGUUAUAACUAGGCCGUUUCUUUGAAGGGGUUUCGAUAUAUAGACUUAGAAAUCAGUGAAGAUGAUAGGUUGGGAUGAUGUUUACAAGGUGGUUGUUGCUAUGGUUCCACUCUAUGUUGCACUCAUAUUAGGCUAUGGCUCUGUCAAGUGGUGGAAAAUAUUCACACCCGAACAGUGUGGUGCAAUAAACCGCUUCGUAUGCUUCUUCACCCUCCCUCUCUUCACAUUCGAGUUCACAGCCAACGUCGAUCCUUUCAAAUGGAACUUGUUGUUCAUUGCCGCGGACGCCAUUUCUAAGCUCAUAAUCGUGGCGGUUCUUGCCUUCUGGGCUAGAUGUAGUAGCAAAGGAAGCUAUCGCUGGUCCAUAACAAGCUUCUCUUUGUGUACUUUAACCAACUCAUUAGUAGUAGGAGUUCCACUGAUGAAAGCCAUGUAUGGCCAGAUGGCUGUUGAUCUCGUCGUCCAAUCCUCAGUCAUUCAGGCUAUCAUAUGGCUCACCAUUCUUUUGUUCGUAUUGGAAUUUCGACGAACAGGAUUGGACAUUUCUUCAACCACAAGUAACGGAGACUCUGGAGUUCAAUCACUUGAUCAGCCAGGGAAGGAUUUGGAGGGAGAUAUAGAAGUCAUGGCGAGUAGUAGUAGCCCGUCUUUCUGGUCUUUAAUGAAAGUUGUUUGGUACAAACUUGCUAUGAAUCCGAACUCAUAUGCAGUUUUUAUAGGCAUUGCCUGGGCUUUUGUCGCAAAUAGCUGGCAUUUUCAGAUGCCAAGCAUCAUGGAAGGAUCUAUUUUGAUCAUGUCAAAAGCUGGUACAGGCACUGCCAUGUUUAGUAUGGAUGCAGGGAUAUUCAUGGCGCUUCAAGAGAACGUAGUCGCUUGUGGAACAAGUCUAACAAUAUUUGGGAUGGUUUUGAGGUUUAUAGCAGGACCAACAGCCAUGGCUAUUGGCUCUAUUGCUGUGGGUUUGCGGGGUGAUGUUCUACGCGUUGCUAUAAUUCAGGCAGCAUUACCACAAUCCAUUACAUCCUUCAUCUUUGCUAAAGAAUAUGGACUACACGCAGAAGUUCUUAGCACUGCGGUUAUAUUUGGCAUGAUUGUGUCCCUUCCUGUGUUGAUUGCUUAUUAUGCUAUUUUAGAGUUUGUACAUUGAUCCUGCUGCACAUGCAACUCUACUUUGCGAUAGAGGGUCACAGAGGAGAUUUGUGGGGUCCUCUUUCUUGUUCUCAUAAUUUUCAUUUCGGUCUCUUUUUAAUUAUUUAUUUUUAUUAUUCCCUAUUCUCUUAAUUAUUGAACCACUGGAAGUAAAUUGAAGUCUAAUUUUUGGAAAACCAUAUUAAUAAUC